AAUUGCUUGGCCUUGGCUCUCUGGUUUUAGUUUUCUCAUUGAAUUUCGGGUUUGGUGUCGGUCGGCAAAUAAAUUAAAUUUAUAUUGAGAUCUCUAAUUAAUUAAGGAGUGAAACAAGAAGCUCUAAAAUGUCUCUAGAUUCCGAUACAGAAGCCGAUAUCUUGGAAAAUGUAGAGGAGGUGAUGGACAAUUUAUUAAAAGAACUUCAAGAUCUUUAUUCAUAUAGGGAUUUGUUCUUUGAAAACCACCCUAUUGACUUGGCUACAGAGAAAAAUAAAUUGGUAGAAGAAAAGAAAGAAGUGUUAGUUGAGAAAUUCGAGUCAAUUGAUGCGGACACGCAGAUACCUGAAGCACUUCGAGCCAAAUUCCUCUACAUGAAAGGACGAUGCUACAACAUAAGUCCUACUUACGACGCGAGGGCCACGCAGUGUCUCAGCAAGGCUGUCAAGCUAUGCCCAGCUUUAAUAGAUGCAUGGAAUGAACUCGGAGAGAGUUAUUGGAAAAACAUGAAUGUGAAAGAGGCUAAAUCAAGCUUUGAAGGCGCUUUGAAACAUGAACGCAACCGUUUAUCGCUGCGAUGCCUAUCAAUCAUUCUACGCCAAGAGAACAGUGACAAAAAGCGUUCAGAAGCCCAUACAGCUAUUAUGAAAAGUGUAGAUUUGGCCAAGGAGGCUGUAAGCCAGGAUAUCAAGGAUGGAGUGUCCUGGUCGGUGCUGGGCAAUGCUUACCUGUGUCAGUUCUUCAUGGUUGCACAGGACCCGGCUACGUUAAAGCUAUGUAUGAGUGCUUAUAAGCAAGCUUCGUUGGACCCGAUUGCUAAAGGACAACCUGAUUUGUACUACAAUAAGGGAAUUGCCCUAAAAUAUUCAGAGAUCUACGACGAAGCGUUGUUUAACUUUGAGUACGCCAGUCGGUUGGACCCACCGUGGCAGCCUCCGAAGCAGGAGCGAAUGAGACUGGUGACCUUCCUGAAUGCAGCUCACAGCUUAGUGAAGACCCGUGGCAAACUGAAGGCGAAGAAACUGGCUACUAUGGUGCAGGCCAUUGACAAAAAGAUGUUAGGUGUUUACGGUGAAGGUCUUCAUUCCUUCGCUGGUCGCCGCGAGGUGGCGCUCGAGCAUACUCGCCUGGAUGCCUUGGAAGAUGGUCCUAACGAAGCCAGGGUGAUCCUGGGCAAAGUUGUCGGCUCCAUACAUAACGAUAAUGCGGUACCAUUCACAUUCGCGCUAGUAGACGAGAGCAUGGAAUGCGUGCUGGUGACGGUGUACAACUGGGCGGACGGGCGCGGCGCCAUCAUCGGCGACUGCGUCACCAUACCCGAGCCACUCAUGCGCACACACAAGUACGAGGCUGAAGAUGUGAGCUUCGACUUCAAAUCGAUACGUAUCAACAACCCGCUGCUUCUACUCGUCAACGGGAAACGGGUUGCACGCAACCAAUUUGCGUGCACAAGAGUCACCAGUACCUACGAAAUACACUGAGAAAGGCUGAAAUCUAGGCGGCAAGACGAGAUGAGAUCUAACAAGCGAAACAGAAAAUGGGAAAAUAGGGAGAUACCCCAUUGGGCGCGGUUAUAAAGGUACUCAUCAUUAUCAUCAGGCAAGGUUCUUGCUAAGCGCCAAAAAAAUCAAGUGCCAAAUGACUUAUCCCAAUAUCAAGAGUACGGAUAAAACUUUUGGAGUGUUUCGAUGAAGAAAAUUUAAACUAAAAUACUCAUGUUUUACGGAUUUGGACUAAAAUUUAAUGUUGACCCCAAUUUUUUAAGUGUUAUAUCUUAUCGAGCUGCUAUAGAAAGGACUAUUUAAAUACAAUAACUACGUAUUGAUAAAUUAAUGUGACUCACGUAUAUUUCUGUACUAUAAUAAUUUGCUAUAUAACUACUAUUUGUUACUAAGCACCAAAGGAAAAGGAUAUAAAGACAGAAAAAUCUAGUUUGGUGUAGCCUGAUGUAGUCUUUCUUACAUUUUAGUUGUUUUUGUAAACAUUUCACAUCUAUCUUGGACUUUUAUGUAUAAAUUCACCUUUUAAUAUAAAUUUAACUAUUUUAAACUGAAUAGAACCUAAAUGGAAAAAAUGGACACCUACCUAUCUAAUGAAAAUAAAGUACAUUCUAAUAAUAUUAAUUGCUAAAAAAACAACUCCAACUUAGUUAAAAAACUUAUUAAAAAUUAUACUUUUUUCGAAAACGAGCUUAGGUACUUUUAGCUUUGAAAAAUAUUAAAUAGACUUACCAUGUAUGUAUAAUGUCCAUUGUUAUUUUCAAUGGAAACAUUCUACAUUAAAUAAUGGAGUAUAUUUUGUAUGCAUUUAUAAAGGGAGUAAUGAGGACUAGGGUCUUUUGUGCUCACCAGAUGGAACUACUAAGAGCCUGUUUGUUCAAUAGAGAAUUUCCUAGUGACAAAUUAUUCGACAUUUGUGAAUCAAACGAAGAGUUGUUCCGUGCGGGAAUCAGACCUACGUUACAUUGCACAACACACUGUUCCCCAGCCACAGCAUCAACCGUAUAGUUGCUGAGUAAAUUAUACAAAUAAGACCUUAAACUAUCUCAGCGCCAUCUGGUGGCACAAAUACUUUAGCCGUCAUUAGGCGAUAUCGAAGAUGAUUGUAAGUUAGAAUUAAGCUGUGCAUUGAACGAUUGCGAUCAUAGUCGUGAAUAGGAAUAACGAGAUUACAAACGGUAUUUAAUCUUUUGACCGUCAUCGUCAGAUAUGGACGACAAACAAUAUUAUGGCUAAUCCGCUAUGGUCGGCUUAUAGCAGACAAGACAAUAUGUUUUUUGAUUAUACAAGCAUGUACUUACAUUUGUUUUGUAGUCUAUAUCUGACCGUGACUGAAAGAGCUAUGCUUUCUUCCAUUUUACGGAACAAAUAUUAUUUUAGUCUAUUUGAGUAUGAUCGCAAUCAAUCAAUUGGGUAUUAAGACAUGAAAUGUCAAAAUUUACGAUGUGACCAACUUUAAAAAAGUUUUUAACUGAAGGAAUUAAAGAUCUUGCGAAUUAUGUUCAUGCUAUGCUUAUAAGAUCUCUAAAUAUAUUUAGUUUUAAGUAUUUUUAACAAUAACUUGCACGACGAUUCGUUAAGUAAGCACUGGAUAAAUUAAGCAAGGGGAUUUGUGUUUGAAUUUGAAGUCGGGUAAUGUGUAAUAAUGAAAUUUAGUUUUAAAAUUUCCAGUAGUAGCUACUAAUCUGGACUUUUUACCAAUGUAUUACAUGGGGUUCAUAAAAUAACUGAUAAAGCCCUUUUAUUUAACAAAUCAUCGUGCAAGCACUUAUUUUAUCUGUUACCUAUCGUAUUAUUGUUAAUUUAUUCACUGGUAACCCUAAUUUACGUUAUGUUACUGCAAGCUUAGUAGUUUCAAGUCAAACUUUUUAAUAUUAAUGUGACAUUUUGUCUAUUCACUAUAGGUAGGUAUUAAUAAAUUAAAACUUUUAGUAAGUA